AUGGUUGAUUACUUUGAUCAAGAUAAACGCACUGUUCCUUUGACUGUGAUAGAUUUAUUCAGGGAAUCCAAUCGAUCUGUAGGUACUCGUGAAGUUAAGCUAUACGAUACCGGACUUGAUAUUGAAAUUCGUUCAACAUUUUCAAAUUCCAAUGAUGCUGUCGUUGUCUUCUUAAAUACCAAACAAGAUUUAGAUGCUGGAACAUUUCUCAAACUCUUCAAUGGUGUUAAUAAUCAUUAUACAUAUUUUCAGUCUUUUGAAGAUGUUGAUCAAUGCAUUGACUUUAUUUCCUCGAUAACAUUUGAAAAAGUAUUUCUUAUUUUACUUUUAAGUGAAGCAGAACAUCUCAUACCACUCGUUUCCAAUAUUCCACAAUUAAUAAAUAUUUAUGUUUGUGAUGAACAAGACAAGUCAAAUAUUGACUACAAAAAAUUUAACUGGUUAAAUAAUUUUCCGUCUGUUCGUAAUAGAAUUUAUAAAGUAAAUGAAUGUAUGUUCCAUGACUUGCAGCACGAUAUAGAGUCUCUGGAAUUAUGUCCAACGUCAUGUGUAAUAUUUUCAAUGAAAACGGCGAAGAUUAGCUCAGUAAAAGGUUUUGAUAAAGAGCGCGCAUCAUACAUGUGGAAUCAAUUACUAUUAUAUGCUCUGCAAAAACUACCUCAAAAUGAGAAGUCAAAAAGAGAUAUCUUAAACGAAUGUAGAGUCCAAUAUCAUGAUAAUAAAGCGGAAUUAGGGAAAAUUGAACAAUUUGAAAAAACAUAUCAACCUCAAUCAGCAAUUUGGUGGUAUACUCGAGAUUGUUUUCUCUAUAAACUCAUAAAUAAAGCAAUUCAAACUGAAGAUAUUGAUAUUAUAUUUAAGUUUCGAUUUUUCAUAAAAGAUCUUAAUGACCAAUUGGUCGAUUUACACAAUCAGUCUAAAUCAGAAAAGGAAAACAUUUUAACAGUUUAUCGUGGCCAACAAGUAGCUGCGAAAGAGUUAGAGACUCUUAAAUUUAAUACAAAUAAUUUUAUUUCGUUGAAACCAUUCUUGUCUACCACAAAAAACAAGGAUGUGGCACUUAUGUAUGCUGGGGAUGGUUCUCAACAACCGUUGUUUGAAUCGGUACUCUUUGAAAUCAUAAUUGAUGUGAAUAAAUCCGAUAAGCCUUUGGCAGAUGUUUCAAAAAUGAGUCAAAUGUUAAAUGAAGACGAAGUGCUAAUAGCCAUGGGCAUGCUGUUUGUAGUGAACUCGGUUAGAAAAAUUGAUAACAGUAUAUGGGAAGUCCGACUAACAUCCAUAAAUGAGAUUGAUACAGAGCCAAAUGAUUACUGUGGAUAUUUAAAACAAAAAAUCGAUGAAGAAACGGAGCCACUCAUGAAAUUGGCUACACUUCUUUAUGAAAUGGGAUCUUAUGAGAAACAAGAAAAGUAUCUUUUAAUGCUACUUGAAGAAAGUAUUGUUGAUGACGCUAGGAUUUACAACAAUCUUGGCAUAUGUUGCCACGCUAAAAAAAAUUAUCGACGUGCUCUACACUAUUACACAAGAGCAUUAAAUGACUACAUAGUGUCACAACGUGACAAACACAUAUGUUGUACUUCGACAUACAACAAUAUAGGCUCGAUUUAUGAACAGGAAGGAGAUUAUGAAAAGGCGCUGAAGUUCUACAACAAAGCAUUAGAGAUUCAUUUGCAAAAUCCGAAAAAAUACGUCGAAGGUUAUACUUUAACACUGAUGAAACUUGGUAAUGUCUAUAUAGAAUUUGGUAGAUAUACCGAAGCUUUAAGAAAAUAUUUCGAUGCUUUGAAUAUAGCAAAAAGCUCUCUGCCUGAAAAUCAUCCGAAAAUCAUGGAACUAUGUCAAUGUAUAGCAUCUGUAUGCCUAGAAGUGGGACAGUAUGAUGAAUCAAUAAAAAAUAAUGAGAUAGCUCUUGAAAUGGCACAAAAAAUAUUCCAAAACAAUCAUUUACAUAUUGGCAGUAUUCAUAGAAUGAUUGGGAUAGCUCACAUGUUCACAGGGCGAUACAAUGAAGCGCUUCAUCAUUACACAAAGGCAGAAGAGAUAUUUUUGAGUGGAAGUAACACCGACACAGAUAAUCUUGCCUCAAUUUAUGGGCCAAUGGGCAUCCUUUACCGCAAAAUGGGUUAUCCUGAGUUAGCGUUGGAUUAUCAGAAAAAAUGCUUCAAAAUAGAGAGCCUAAUUCCCCACAGACAAGGUAAAAAGAUUGCAAUAGCGCGCCAUACAAUGCGCGAAGG